UAAGAAUUUCUCAUCGAGUCUCAUAUUUUUCAUACAACACAUUCUUUCUAGACACGCAACACCUAGAAGAUUUCCUUAUUCUUUUUGGUGCUAAACCGUUGGGAUAUAGCAACAACAUGUUAGGAAUGAAGAGACAUAGAGAUAAUGAAGGGUCAGAGAGCUUAGAUUUGGCAAAAUGUCUUGUGCUGUUCUCUUGUCCAAUAGAAAGCAACAAGGCACAACAGAAAGGUUUUGGGGCUGUGGAAUUUGAGUGCAAGACGUGCAGCCGCAAGUUCUCUUCUUUUCAAGCACUGGGAGGGCACAGGGCAAGCCACAAGAGGCAGAAGCUAGAGGGGGAAGAACUCAAAGAACAAGCCAAAACUCUUAGCUUGUGGAACAAACCAAAAAUGCACGAGUGCUCCAUUUGUGGACUUGAAUUCUCUCUGGGCCAGGCUCUGGGUGGCCACAUGAGAAAACACAGAGCUGCUCUCAACGAAGGGUUUCCUAUAAUUCCUUCUAUCGACCAAGUUAUUGCGAAAAUCCCGGUUCUGAAAAGGUCGAAUAGCACCAGAGUUAUGUGCUUGGACUUGGAGUUACACCUGUAGAGAAUGAAUGACUGAACUACCAAGUCACCCAAGCUCCUUUUUCUUUGUUCUUAUUAACUUUUCUACAUUUUUUACCUGUUUCUGGACACAUGUAUUCUUUCAUUUUUUGUGUGAAAAUUUUAUUGACUUUUCCCUUAUAGAUGAUUGAUUCUUUAUUCUGGACACAUGUAUUAUUUUGUUAAUACGAUUAUCAAAAGUUCUUAGUGUUUUAAUAAUAUUGAUUUUUCAAUUA